GAUUUUGACUUCCGGCAGAAUGAAAACAAUGUAUUUUUAAUAUUUACAGAUAAAUUCAUACCGUAGAACUGUACAGAGAAGCCUGGCAGCAGAAAAUCAUCCGCCAUGCGAACAAAUAUGCUAACUGCACCUAAUGCUACAUCGAAUUUUACACCGCCGAACACACCAAGAAUACCCAGUAAAACUUACCACAAUGAAGCGUCACAUGCGCUCAACAUCAUAUUUUUCAUUUUCUUUUGCUGUGCCUUGGGAGCCCUAGUUAGACAGAUCAUCCAUGGGCUGAAGAUCCGGCUGCCCUACACUGUGGUGCUAUUGGUCCUGGGGGUGCUGUUUGGGCUGCUAUCCACAAACAAUGCCACAGUCCACUCCUACGCCCGUGUGGUGGAGACAGACCCCCACCUUCUACUGUUCAUAUUUCUGCCUGUACUUAUCUUUGAGUCAGCGUUUGGAAUGGAGGUCCAUACAUUUAUGAAGACUUUUAUGCAGGUUUUACUCCUGGCCAUUCCUGGGUUAGCGGUGGCGUCCCUGUUCACCUGUCUGCUGGCCAGGUACCUGUUUACCUAUGACUGGGACUGGAACAUCGGCAUGAUGUUUGGCUCCAUCCUCAGUGCCACAGAUCCAGUGGCGGUGGUGGCCCUACUGAGAGAUCUAGGUGCCUCUAAGCAGCUGGCUAUGGUUGUAGAGGGGGAGUCAUUGAUAAAUGAUGGAACAGCCAUCGUCUUUUACAACGUCUUUGUUAAACUGGCAACAUCAGAGGAAGGCCUCACUGGUGGAGAGAUAGUGGUGGGGUUCCUACAGGUUGCCCUAGGGGGCCCACUGUGGGGGUUCUUUACAGCUAAAAUCACUCUGUUCUGUUUGUCCCGAGUCUUCAACGAUGCUCUGGUAGAAAUCACAAUCACCCUGGCCUCCACAUACCUGACCUUCUAUAUAGGUGAGGAGUACCUGGGGGUGUCGGGGGUGCUGGCCACGGUGGUCCUGGGGGUCACCAUGAACUCCGAGAAGACCAUGAUCAGUCCUGAGGUGGAGCACUUCCUUCACAGAUUUUGGGAGACCCUGGCCUACAUAGCAAACACCCUCAUCUUCAUCAUUGUUGGCAUGGUGAUCGCAGAGAAAGCCAUUUUUGAAAUCCACGGCAUCGACUGGUUUUACAUGUUUGCAUUGUACUUUGGAAUAUUUGUCAUAAGAGGCCUGGUGAUCGCCAUCUUCAGUCCGAUUCUACGACACACAGGGUAUGGUCUGUCCUGGCAGGAGGGUAUGGUGAUGACGUGGGGCGGUCUGAGGGGGGCUGUGGGGCUAGCCCUGGCCCUACAGGUGGCCCAUCACGAUGAGAUUGACUCUGAGACUGUCGGCAUCCGGGUCCUGGUCCAUGUAUCGGGUAUUGUGUUCCUGACUCUGUUGAUCAACGCCACCACCUGCUCUGCUCUCCUCAAUGUUCUUGGAAUGAGUGACAUCUCCCCUGCCAAGAAAAUGUCCAUGGCCAACUCACUGCGAUUUCUGGAAGACAUGCGGGAAAAGACAUUAAACAUGUUAAAAUCAGACAGGUUUUUGGCCGACGCUGACUGGGACACAGUAGAGAAGAGCUGUGAAAUUGAUGACCCGUACAUCACAACGCAGGAGGAAGCUGAGGUUGAGGACUCGCUUGACGUCCGGCCGAACUCAAUCUGUCCUGAGUGUGAUGCCAAACUCCCUGCCCAGUACACUCGCAAGGAGCUCCGGGACAUGACCAAUGAAGCCAUCCUCAGGAUGCUCAAGGCAGAGAAGAUGAGUUACUGGCGACAGUUUGAACAAGGCAUGCUGUCGAGGGAAGCCGUCCGCAAACUUCAUGACUGUACAGAUACCGCCGCAGACAAACAGGGGAAAUUCUUAGAUGUAGAUGAAAUCAAAAAGAGCUGGGAAGUGCCCAAGUUUUAUGUAAAUGUGAAAAGAUUUGUGUUGCGUCUGAUUGGUCAGGUUAUGAUCCCCACCCCUAAAUCGGGGGUGGUGCGACACCUGUACACGGUGACCCAGCACCAGGCCUUCUACCUGACCAUGGUCUCCAUCAUCAUCAUCGACAUGGUCAAUGUGGCCUUCUCCAUCGUCUGUCAGUACCAUGACGACUGGAAGGACAAACGCAACAUCUUCCGCAGCCUCAAUGUCAUGUUUGUGGCGCUCUACAUCAUGGAGUGUGUUGCCAAGGUGCUUGUCCAGAGACAGGAGUACAUCAGGACUGGCUGGAACAAGCUGUGUCUGGUCAUCAUCUCGCUGGGUCUGCUGGACAUCAUCAUCGGCUUCUCCCUCCCCGCUGUGUACGGUGAAGAUCACAAUGCUGUGGCCAUCAUCAUCGUCAUCUUCCUCCUCUUCAGGGUCAUUAGACUCUUCCGGCUGCUGGAGCCGCUGAUGCCUCUGAUUGUGAAGCUGUUGAAGCGACAGAUCAGUAAACAGCUGAGUUACGGCUAUGACGUGGGGCGGGGCUACGUGGCGGGGGAGGAGGAGGUCAGGAAGCUGAUAGAUCACAUGAUCGACCAGAAGGACAUCGCCAAGAACCUCAAACAGUCCAGUGAUAAUGGGCGGCUUGACGUCAUCCGAUGUCUGGGUAUGUUACAGAAGCAGCACCCUGACAUCGCCCUGUCCAUCAAAACACGUCAGGCGAUCCGCAGCGUGCUCAACAACCUGAGGGAUGGCGUCCAUGAAUUGCUGAUGGACGGGAUCCUGGAGGAGGCGGAGGGCACCAAGCUAGAGAAGAUGAUAGAAGAGAAGAUGAAGCGGCUGUUGAGUUUCCCUCCCAGUCUGCCCCUGCCACCUCCUGACUACAUGUUGAAGCAUGUCUUCUGGCUCAGAAACGAUGCCAAGCUCAUCGCCUACAUCAAGAAUCAGGCCAAACUAAUCAGUUACAACUACGAAGAUGUGAUAAUCUACGAGGGAGACCCGCCGGGAGGAAUCUACAUCAUUGUGUCUGGGAUGGUGCGGCUGGAGUCCACCACACAGCCUGGUAAACCAAUCAUCUACGAGGGUAAGCCUGUCAGUGGGUCGGGGCUGCAGGUCAAGGCCAAUCUGAUUGACUUCUUGACCUCGGGGAACAUCAUUGGGGAGAUGGGGCUGCUGACCAAGAGACCGCGGUCAGCUACCGUCACCUGUGAGACAGCCGUCCAGGUGUUGUUUAUCAGUGGUGAGGACAUGGAGAAAGCGUUGGAGGAAUUCCAGGACAGCGAGCCAUCACUGGAGUACCGACUCUGGCAUGUGUGUGCCAACCGCAUCGCCACCUCCAUACUGAUGAAGCAGACUGCCUACCAGGGCUGGACCAAGGAGAAGAUCAAGCUACAGCUGGAGAACUCCUACCUGCUGGACUCUGAUGACAUUGAUGUGUUCACAGUCGACUCAACCAUGAGUGAUGUAGUUCUAAUCAAUGGACACGCCCAGAAUGUGUUCACUAAAGAAGGGUUUACAGCACCCUGCUACAUUCCUUGGACCGUUCUAAAACUAGAACUACUGCCAGAGAAGAGUCAUAAAGUGGUUCUCCUGAUCGUCCCCACCGAGAUGGGCCAGCCCACUCACUCUCAGCACGUAUCGGGUCACGAUGCAAAACACGGACAUGGGGCGUUUGUCCGCUCCAUCAGUCAGCUGUGUCUGAAGCAUGCCUCCAACCACCGGACCAAGGUCAUGUCCAAGUGGAAGAAAAUCCAGCAAGCAAAGAGUCUAGGGCUUUUGUCCAGCAAAAAUAAGGAGUUAUCUCCCGAUCAGAAAGCACAUGUUCAGUUCCAACCUAAGGCUGAGAACCGCAUGUUAUGGUUGGACAGGGAGAGAGCGUUAUUUACAGGAGCCCGUGCCUCCACCCCUGGGCUCCUAGAGGGGAGACCACUGAGGUCGCUGUCCCUGGACAACCAGACGGUCAGUAACACGGAGCCAAUGGACAUCAUACAGAGGUCAAACAGCGUGGACCCUGGGCCCUCUAGCAGUUCCUCCCUCGAAAUAGACAGCAGCUCCUCCAAUUACAAUAACUGUACCUCAAACGCAAGGACUAACCCUAACUUCAUUCUCCGCUCUAGAAUUAUUGAGGAGAACGAGCAGCUUGUUUCUCCUGUUGUGUCUCCUGUUGAGAGCCCCGCCCUAGCUGUAAAGGAAAGCAGAAAGAAAUCGGGGCAUGCUGUGGUUAGCCCCUCUCUCUCAGUGAGUGACAGGGAGGAAGCGGGGUCUGACCCAAGCUCCUCCCCUGGACAUCCUGUGAGUGACCGGAAGGACUCUUUGACUGAGCAGAAGCUGAACAGUGUGAGUAAGAUUAUAAGUAAUGGUGUACCUCGAAAUAAGUCUGAGAGUGAACAAUACAGUGAUAUAGUGAGUGGUACACAGGUGGACAGUGUGACCCCUGGGGGUGGGGGGACAGAAGGGACCUAUGUCUGUACCCUGACUGUCAACAAUGAACAACCCAGGUCAUCUCCCCAAGAGAGAGAAGAAACCAAAUUCUGAUAAUAUGAUCUGACCCCAACACUGAAUUCAAAAAGUGAAUUUACUAUGUAUACUCUUAUUGAAAUGAUUCUAUAUGUACACUCUACAUGUCAAUUGUGAUAUUUCAAUUUGUCAUUGGAUGUUUACAUUCUUGUUAAACAAGCGUAAAAUAUGUUUAAUGUAUAUAUAUACAUGCAUUAAAUGUAUAAGAAUACAACCACUCAUUUUAUGUGUAACAUUGAUGUUCAUAAUAUAUGCAAGUUACUUGUACAUUGUAUAUGUUUUUCUCUUUGAUUGUAAUACCGUUUUUUUGUAUUAUAUGCCUCAUCUAAAUCUUUUGUACAAAUGUACAUGUAUCCUUUAUUCGACAAGUCUAUAUUUUGUAUUUAACACAUUCUACAAUGUCAAAAGUGCUGCCCAGGACAAGAUGCAUGUAGUAUUAAAACGUAAUCAAUUAAAACGUAAUCAAUUAAAAUGUAAUCAAAGCAUUGUGUCUUAUUCAGGUUUAUUUUGGUAUAAAAUAUUAUAUGCCAUUACAUAUGCAGUUAUACCAGUAUUCAGGAAUUGAGCAAAUUUGUUCCCAUUUAAAUUACAUAUCAAUUGAAAUCAUCAUAUGAGUUUAUCUUUGGUAUCACAAAUUAUGCAGAUAAAUUGAGGAAUUUCACUGAUUUGUUCCUAUUUAAAAUCAUAUGUAAUGUAAAAUGCAAUAACAGAGUAUUGACUAUACAGGUUUGUGGGUCCCUAUGGAACUUAUCAGUUUUAGAUUUCUUUCCAACAAAACCACAGAAACCUUAUACUGACACUAUGGUAGCAAGUCACCAGUGAUUGUGUCUAGG